AUGGACGGUGCGGCCGUUGCCCCGUGCCCUGUGCUCAUCCAUACGGUGCAGCGAGAGUGGGCCUUCAGCUGCGGUGCAUGCGUGCAGCCGCUCGCAGAGAGUUGUUUGGGAAAGUGGAAGACCGUUCGUCAUGGGUGGAUGCCAUUACGAGCAGGCUGCGCAGCGGCACUCGCUUCGUCGAUCGGUCUCCGGACCGAGCCAAGGAACAGGCAGACAAGGCGACGAGCGUUGCAACUUAAUGAUGCACCCGGCUGCACGCAAAACGGUUGUGCAUGCGCAACGCAAGCAGAGAACUACCCCUUCAAGACCGACGAGGACUACCAGCUCCACCACCCAGCUGUCCGAAGGCUGACUGACUGGCGGAGAGCUUCAGAGCGAGCUCCACCCGAGGUUUUCGCAGCCGAGCCCUGUGACCAUCGCACUCGUGCAAAGCUCGCGGUUGCACCGAGCAAGGAUGGCGUGGUGCUCGGGCUUUUCAAGCGUGGCACACAGGAGGUCCUGCCUGCCCUCGGCUGCGCCGCCUUGCAUCCCACCCUGAAGGCUGCGCUGCUGCGGCUCAAAGGGACCCUGGAUCGCUUCCAAGCUUUGGCCAUCUACCAGCCCGGCGUCAAAAGCUCAGCGCAGAGCAGCCAAGGCGCCCUGCGCUUCGUGCAGCUGACGGUGGAGAGGGCAUCGAAUCAAGUGCAGCUCGUUCUGGUCUGGAAUCGCAAACGCGGACCCGCGAUUCCUGCCCUUGAACGGCUGGUGGAGCUGCUGUGGGAUGAUGAACCGGGAGAUCUUUGGCACUCGAUCUGGAUCCACUGGCGUGAGCCUAAGCCGAACCUGGGGAACUUCGUCUUCGCACUAGAGACCUCGGCGUGGGAGCUGGCACGGCCACGCGCCCUGGCCGGCGGACGAAGGCGUCCUGGAUUCGUGUGGGAGGCUUUAGAUGGCCUCGACUUCACCUUCGGGCCCUUUAACUUCCAACAGGCCAACCUCGCCGUGUUUGAGGAGAUCCUCCGCUGCUGCAACAUGAAAAGCCUCGUCGCAGAGACGAGUGAGCUGGUGGAGGAGCCUUUACGUCUGCUGGAGCUUCACGCCGGAGUAGGUGUGAUCGGCCUGAGUCUGGCGCACGCGUUGGCGAGUAGCCGUGGCUGGGCUUCUGUUGCUCUUCUCAGCUCCGACGAGAACCCUAAAUGUGUGGCACCCUUCGCUGCCAAUGCACGCAACAUCGUCCCGGACCUCGAAGUCGUAAGCGAGGACUGCAGCUUCAGACAAGCCGUCAGCUUCGCUCCGCUUGCUGCUGACGAAGUUCUGCAAAGGCUCGCCGACGCCGACAGGGGCCCGCACCUUUUAGUGGUGGAUCCGCCUCGCACUGGCCUAGCUCCGAGGGGCCGCAAGAAGGACGACGCCUGCGUCAGCUUGAUACGUUCCAUGCCCGACCUCAAGUUGCUCAUCUACAUGAGCUGUGGGCACAGCUCCUUCCGCAAGGACGCAUUUCAGCUCACGGCUUGCGACGAUGCUGGAGACUCGCCUGCGGGUCAGCCCUUCAAGCUCGUCGACGUCAAAUGCUAUGAUAUGUUUCCUUUCACGUCCCACAUCGAGACCGUGGGCCUCUUCGUGAGAUAG